AUGAGUUCCUCAGUUGAGCGAUUCCAUUCAUUGCUUGAAAAUGUAAAACAAACAAAUAUUACAUCAUCUGCUCAAGAAAUAGAUGAAUUAAUCAGUGCAGAUCCUAAUAAUCAAAUUUACACAUUCGUUAAGGCAGUUUUUAACAUUCUACCUGCAAGAUAUUUAUCAUUAGAAUUCUAUUCUACACUUAUUAAACAAUUACAUUCUUUUACAAAUUCCGAUAACAAAGAAUUUUUCAAAAAACAAUUAAUAAAACACGUAUCACAAUCAAACAAUGAAAUAGUUUCAGUAUUCUUAAUACAUUUACUUCGCUCUUCUUUCCUUUUGAGUGAUGAUGUUUUUUCAAUUUUAAACGAGAUUCUUAAUAACUCACACAAGCUCUCUAAUGAUGUUUUCAACCAAAUUAUCCUCUGCAUUACCGAAGGAUCUUCUGAAUUAUCCAAAGAAAAUCCAAAUGAACUUGAAACUAUUUACACUCAAAUCCAGGAUCGUCAUCAUGUUAUACAGAGUGGCCUUUUCCAAGAUGAAAAUACACCAAUAUUCGAAGAUUUCUUCGAUUAUCUUACUAAGAUUCGGUCAAAUCGAUGGAUAGUCCCAUAUGAUUUCCCACUUAAGAGUAUCAUCGAUUCUUUGAAGACAGAUGAUGUUGUGUCACUCAAAUCCAUUGUUAAUUCUAAAUCUGAAGCAGAUACAAAAAUAAAUCCAUCAAUUCUUCUUGCACCUCCUAUCUUAGGAUUCUCUGCUCCAUAUGUUUCACUUGCAUCAUUCUUUGGAUCGAUCAAAUGCUUAGAAUAUCUGAACAAUCUUGGUGCCGAUUUAUUACAAGAAGAUGACGAAGGUCGACAACCAAUCCAGUUUGCACUUGCAGGAGGAAACAUUGAAUGUGCUCAAUUCCUCAAGAAUCAUUCUAAUUUAUCGUUUGAGGGAUGCUUGUCAAUUUCAAUUGAAUAUUUGAACAGAGAUGGCUUCAAUUGGCUUAUCCAGAAUAUCAGUGAUCUAACAUAUGGACUUGAAAACAGCAUUGAUUGUCCUUAUCAUGCAGCAGCAAAAGUAAAUUCAAUUUAUUUCACCAACACACUUAUUGAAUAUUCUGUUCCUCAUAUGACUAAAGAUGACUAUGACUGGACUCCAUUGCAUAUUGCUGCUUCUUAUGAUUCUAUCGACGUUCUGAAGAUUUUAUUAAAUUUGAAUGGAACAGAUAUCAACGUUACUGACCUUGACGAUGAUACCGCGUUACAUUGUGCUUCUAAAGAUGGUUGUAUUGAUGCUCUAAAAGUGUUAUUGGAGUCAAAUCAAAUAAAUGUUAACGCUUUUGAUCGACAUAAUGCCACUCCUUUACACUAUGCUGCAAUGGAUAACCAAGUAGAAGCUGUUAAGAUACUUAUUGCUGACCAAAGAACGAAUAUUAAUAUUUUGGACGCCUAUCAACAUUCUCCUCUUCAAAUUGCAGCCAUUUAUGGAUCUGCAGAAGCAGCAGAAGCAAUUGCUGCAGAUGAAAGAGUUAAUCCUAAUACAAAAGAUAUAGAAGGAAAUUAUGCGAUUCACAAUGCAGUUACAUAUGGAGAAACUAAUAUUGUUAAUGCUAUAUUAUCAGCAAGAAACAUUAAUCUCGAAGUGACUAAUAAAGAUAAUGUUACUGCUGCAGAAUUGGCCGCAUUUCAGAAGAAACCAGAAAUAUUAAAAAUUUUAGUUGAAAAGGGUGCCAACAUUAAUAGUUUGAGAACAACUACAGUUGAAUUAGCCCCUAAAAUCAGAAAUAUUAUUAAUCAGGAAUAA